GGACAAACAAGCCCAGGUGGGACCCCUGCCCUUUGCUAAAGCUCCCCUGUACGUGCCCCACAGACCCUGCCUGGUAUCAGACCUGGCCAGGUCCUGGGAGCCGGCCUUCUGGGAACCAGAAGACCCCUGCCUGCCAGCAUCCCCAGAACUGGUCAGCCACGUGGACCAAGGAUAGCAAACGUCUGAACAAGCGCUGGGUCAAGUAUGAGGGAAUCGGGCCUGUGGAUGAGAGCGGCAUGCCUAUUGCACCCCGAUCUAGUGUUGACAGCCCCAGGGACUGGUACCGGAGAAUGUUCCAGCAGAUUCACCGGAAACUGCCGGACCUGCAGCUGGACCGGACCUUCGAGGAAGCACCCAAAGUGGCUUCUUCCUGUGCCACCUCAGCAGACUCAAGGCAUCCAGGGCCCCCGCAAAGACCUGCUGCCAGGCCAGGCCAGACGUCGUCUCUGAGCGGAAGAAGCUGGAAUGUCUCUGAAGAGUUUCUUAGAAACACCUUCAAUUGCAAUCCUGGAGCAUCCUCUUCCCUGCACCAGACCCCAAAUCAGGUGUUCAGACACCGAGAGAAAGCAGACAAUGUCUGGACAGAAGAAUCUUGGAACCAGUUUCUGCAAGAACUAGAGACUGGGAAGAAGCCCAAGAAACCACUGGUAGAUGACCCUGUUGAGAAGCCUCCCCAGCCCAUCGAGGUCCUGCUGGAGAGAGAGCUGGCCAAGCUGAGCGCCGAGCUGGACAAGGACCUGCGUGCCAUUGAGACCGGGCAGCCGACCCCCAAGAGCUCGCAGGCGCCCCGACGGUCCCGGGAGCCGCGACCCCCCGCGCGCCCGGCCUCUGCCUGGAGCUCCAGUUCCCCGAAUGCACUUUAUCAGGGUUCCUCCCUGAGCGCCCACAGGAUGGCGGACGGAGGAAGCCCCUUCCUAGGUCGGAGGGACUUCGACUACCCUUCCUCAACCCGAGACCCUAGUGCCUCUGAACCAGGGGGCAGCCCAGCCAGGAAGGAAGAGAAGAAGAGGAAGGCCGCCCGGCUCAAGUUUGACUUCCAGGCACAGUCCCCUAAGGAGCUGACUCUAAAGAAGGGUGACAUUGUCUACAUCCACAAGGAGGUGGACAGGAACUGGCUGGAGGGGGAGCACCACGGCCGGCUGGGCAUCUUCCCUGCUAAUUACGUGGAGGUGCUGCCUGCAGAUGAGAUCCCCAAGCCCAUCAAGCCUCCAACCUACCAGGUGCUAGAGUAUGGAGAAGCCGUGGCCCAGUACAACUUCAAGGGGGAUCUGGAGGUGGAGCUUUCCUUCCGAAAGGGGGAGCGCAUCUGCCUGAUCCGCAAGGUGAACGAGCACUGGUACGAGGGCCGCAUCUCAGGCACCGGGCGCCAGGGCAUCUUCCCUGCCAGCUACGUGCAGGUGACCCGGGAGCCCCGGCUUCGGGUCUGCGACGACAGCCCCCAGCUCCCUGCAUCUCCCCGCCUGACCAGUGCCCACCUGGCCCAUCACCCCAGCUCCCCAUUAAUGCCGCGCAGCCCAUUUGAGGCCACCGACUGGGGGGGCCGGACCUCCCCCCGCCGCACUGGCUUCUCCUUCCCCACCCAGGAGCCCAGACCCCAGACCCAGAGUCUCAGCACCCCUGGGUCAGCUCUGUCCCAUCCUGGAGGCUCCAGCCAUCCCCUGGAGCUGGGGACCUCAUCCCCCAACACGCCGCAGAUACACUGGACCCUGUACCGGGCGAUGUACCAGUACAGGCCCCAGAAUGAGGAUGAGCUGGAGCUGCGGGAGGGGGAUUGGGUGGAUGUCAUGCAGCAGUGUGACGACGGCUGGUUUGUAGGUGUCUCCCGGAGGACCCAGAAAUUUGGGACAUUCCCUGGAAAUUAUGUAGCCCCGGUGUGAGUGAUCUCCGUGGCAACUCAGAGCCCAGCCAGGAUGGGAUGGGGAGCAGAGCACUUAUGGGCGGGAGAGAGGACGCCCCCCCCAUCCUCCUCCCCCAGGACCUGAGCCACUGGCAUCUGCAGACAACCUCAGCAGCCUUUCCCACGGAACCUCCCUCGAAGCCCCCUGGACUGAUUCCCACCCACAAUUCACAAGCAUUCCUCUAACAGCCCUUUUAUUUCCUCCCCUACCCCACUCCCCAAAUAUAGAGGUCUGCUUUGAAGUGGAGACUAUUUCCAGGCCUUAUUGAGACCAGACCCCCGCGUCCGCCACCCCACCCUGCUAUGGCGUUUCCUCUAACAGGGGCCCGCUCCCAGCUUCACCCCCAUGGGGUUCCUCUAACAGGGACCAGCUUUCUAACCUAAUAGAGACCAAAGGCCGUCUUCGCCUGGAAGAGAUUCCUCCCCUUUCACUCCAGCUUGCCUGCCAUCCCCUUUGCCUUCCUGCCUCCAGCUGGGCCUGGGAGUGAGAUGGGGGAUGGACACAGCACUUCCUUAGCGUUCGAGGCCUGGCAAGAGGUCUUGCCCGAAGGUUUCCUCUUCCCACAGGCUGCCGAGCCCUGGGCCUGGGUCGUGCUUAUCCUCCUGCUGCUGUAGCGCCCAGGAAGGGCGGGGCCUCCGAGGACUGGCCUGUCCCAGAUGUAUUCCGGGGAGACUGAUGUGUGCUGUCCUCCUGCCUGCCCAGCGGCCCCCAACCCCCAAGUCCCCUGUGGAAGAGAAUGUAAAAUAAAUCUGGCUGUCAGGGA